AUGGCUAGUGAGGAGGAGAGUUUUGCUGUUUUGGUACACCACAGAGGAUCCAUCAAGAGGAAAACUCGGUCCGGAGUGAAGUUCACAGAUAAGAAUCCUCUCUAUAUUGUGGUGAAUCGAACGACAAGCUAUGAUGACCUGUAUGAUUGUCUGACGAUUGGUAGUGAUGAGGACCUCCAAGUCAUGUUUCUUUGUCGGAGGCAGUUUCCGGAGGUCCGCACACCAGAGUUGCUGGCAAAGCUGGUUGAUGUGGUAUCCAGCUCAGGGGGUUCGAACCGGAAUACCGCCAAUGUAGCCACGGCAGCUGGCUCCAGUUUGAUGGCUGCUGUGGCUUCUUCCUCCGUCCCAGUUUACGAGCCAGUGGCCCAACUUGUCGCCUCUCCGUCAUUUGCUGUUGAUUUGAAUGACGGCGUCCGCGACGAGGUAGGAUCCUUUGAUGUUCUGCCAAACGCUUUACACGGCGUUCCACCGGUUGGCGUCGGAGACGGAGAAUUGGGUGAUCCUGAUGAGGACGACGUUGAGCCCGAAACGAUUGAGGAUGAUAGCGGGGACGAGGUUCAAGCGGCUGGGCCUGCUUUGGCUGGCGGUGGUUCUAGCUCUGGCACACAGCAGUAUCCACCAUAUUUUUCUUCGCUGGACCUGGACGCCAUGACGCAUGAGGGUGCGCUAGGUCACCCUGUUGGAUUCGGAGCUAGAGAUGCGGAAGGGAAUGCUGGUCUCACAGAGUUCCAGCGCAAGGGCAUUUGGGAGGUCAAACGGUACAAUGGCCCUCACACUUGCCUGGCCACAUCCAUAUCAAGUGAUCACAGAAGUUUGGAUCAUUCUGUGAUUUCGGCGUUCAUUAUGCCAAUGGUUAGGGCUGACGCAUCGGUUAGCAUCAAGGUGCUCCUGAACGCCACGGCAGCGCAUUUUGGUUUUAGGCCGACUUACAGGAGGGUUUGGAUGGCGAAGCAGAAGGCCGUUGGCCUCAUCUACGGUGACUGGGAUGAGUCAUACAGCGAGAUACCUAGGUGGGUGUUGGGUGUCCAACUGACGAUGCCUGGUACUGUUGCGGUCCUCAGGACGAGCCCGGUUCUAGUUGGAGGACAGGUGGACGAGUCUCAAGCUUAUUUCCACAGACUUUCCCUCCGUGCAUCGAGGCAUUCCGGCAUUGCAAGCCGCUAG